AUGCGAUGUUUUCCAGGGAAUAUUCCAUUUUUUGGAAUAGGUUUAACUUGUAACGGAUGCCCGCCGCGAGGCUGCGAAGACGACGAAGCAAUCAUUCACGGCUACUGCUGCGGCUGCGCUUAUCCCUUAGAUAAGCUACCGGUGCUGUGUCCGCAGUUUCUGCAAUGUCCACUCAACAUGCACGGACUUUGCCAUGACUACGAGUAUAUGCUAAGAUGUUGCUGC